GAAAGCCGCUUGGUAGUCUCUCCUCAGUCCCUCCCGGUCGCUCAGCUGUGCGUCACAUGUCGGGUACCGCGAGUCCUACUCUUGCUCGUGUACCAUCGUAUCGUGUAUCGUCUGCUCGUUCAGGCCACCGUGAAGCGCCGGAUUUCCACUUACCGGCAAGCGUCAGUCAUAUAUUAUGCUAUCUACCGCGUGCAUGCCCACGUAUUAUCACGAAUCGAUCACCAAGUGCCUCGAACAUGCGGACAACGGCGUGACAAACGCAGGCAACGGUGCACGCCGUUUUGUUGAUACGUUGAGUUCUGUGUUCAGGCCGCGAAGGCCACCGCGUCCUUUCACGGUUUAGAAAUCGAUCCUCGUCGAUUUCGUGCAAAACUGCCGGAUCCCCGAGCCAGUGCAUACACAUUUUCGUGGAACGAUGACCUAAAACGUCAGCGUCCUUGACGGGAAAGUUCGGUAAAGUAGUAAACAAAAAAAGAAAUCAGAGUCAUCGAUUCGUCUCUAUUCGUUGCGAUUCGUGCGUCGGAGUAUCUACCAUUUCCCGUGAAUGUGUCUCCGAAUGGUCGAUACCGUAGGUACAAUAUCGAUUGUGUCGUUCGUCGUGAGUUUCGAACUGUUGGAUCGCGCGUGCAUCGCCCCCUGUCGCACGGUGUAAUCGAUCGAUCGACUUAUAUCGUUUACGGAGCCGCGUUGACGCGUGUUCGGAGUGGUGUUUCGUCGUGGAAAGCUGGAAACAGUCGUGAAGAAACUAGUGCAAAUGAUCGUUACGUGUGACCAUUCGGUGCGAGACACUUUCGAGCGCGUAACAAGACGCCACGGUGUCCCGUGAAUAAUCGGUGCUGACGAACGAUAUAUAUCGAUUUUAUCGGGUGGUCAACCGAGAAAGUCGUUCAUUAGCAGAUCCGACGAAUAAUGUCGACGGGCAAGAGGCUGGCGAAACGCAGCAUAAUCGGCACCAGAGUGUGUGCUCCCGGCGAGGACGGGAAGUAUUAUAGCGGCGUAAUUCACGCCGUGAAAACGCCGGCGUCAGCCGCCUCCGAGUCAGGCCUUAGCAUUACACCGAAGACUCGUUACUCUGUGCGGUUCGAUUCCGUGCCUGGUGGACGUCCACCGAGUCCCAGCACCGAAUACUCCGAUCGGGACCUGAUCGGGCCAGGUUUCGGUUCCGUCACCACCGCGCGACUCGUGCCUGGACAGAAAGUUUAUUUGACGUAUAACGGACGGGAAAUUCACGCCGAGAUCACGCAGCAUCGCGAGCAUCUCGACGAGGUGGACGUAAUCAUUGCUCCCAACGGACAAGAGACGAUGAGCUUGACCAAACGUAUAGACGAGGUCAGGUUGCUCGAGUCACGUAAGAGCGCUCGGCUGGCUGAUCAGGAUACCGAUUUCGCUAGGCUCGCCGAUAUGGCUGGUGACCGCAAACGGGCCUCUUCCCACUCCAUCGACGUGCCACACGUGAUCGGAUCCAGGAAGCGGCGACCAAGCUCGAGCAACGAUUCCGAACGGUUGUACAGCGGUUGGAACGAGCGAAUACCCCAUGGAUGCGGUCGCGAGGGUUGUCGUACCAACGAGCGCGGCGACUGCAUGGACGAAUGCACCGCCGCGCUGGUCCUCAUGUCGCUCUCAUGCUCGCCACACAGUCCUCACAAUCCCCUGCCACUUCACUGCCAAAACAAUUACGGUUCCUGGGGAGGUCGAGGAGGAGGGGGUGGCGGCGUCGUCGCCGGCUCACCAGGAGUCGGCGGCACGUCGAACAGCAGCAGCAGCAGCAGCAGCGGGGCUUCAUGGCGAAGUGGCACCCCCAGUCCACCCCUCAGCGACGAAGGGGCACCGACAACGGGCUCUCUAUGGCCGACACCGGCUCAUCCUGCGCACAAUCAGCAACACUACCCCUACAACGUGUCCGGCUCGUCGUCGAGCAGCACCCCUGGCUCGACCACCACCCUCGACGAGGGCAUAGUCCCCGAUUACCUCGAGGAGCAGCACCCCCGCAAGAAGAAGAUCCGAGCGAAAGGGAACCGCGACCCCAUCGAGAACGGACCCACGAACUGCGCGACCUACGAGAGCGAACAGCCAAAUGCGGCGGUGGUGUUCAAAUGCAUAUGGAAAGGAUGUCUGGAGAUCAAAACCACCGUAGCGCUGAUCGAGGAGCACGUGCGCCAAUCGCACUUGGGGCCGAAAAUAUCGAAAGGCAACGAUAGCGACGACAUGUCCGAUCACGAGGAGGAGUUCUACUAUCAAGAAGUCGCGAUGGAUCACAUGAGCUCGCCGCCGACGAUGUCCCACCGGGACAUGGCCAGGCCCCCUCACGAGGAUCCGGAGUACCAGAAGCAGCUUCGUCUGGAGGCGGCCCCGGCGACGAACAACGCUGAGAACGUGCUGGUGGGAAUCCGGGAACGGAACACGGCGUUCACCAUUUCGCAAUCCCCGGGCACACCUAUCAAACACAUAAAGCUGUCGCCCCGGCCGUUCCAGGCGUACCAACAGAACAUGGGCCUGCUGACGGUGUCCACGGGCAAGAUGCCGUCCUCGCCGCGUCGAAUACGCGGCGAGACGAAGAAGUGCCGCAAGGUCUACGGUAUGGAGCAUCGGGACCUUUGGUGCACACAGUGCAAAUGGAAGAAGGCCUGCAGCCGUUUCGGCGACUAGGCCAAGGGAUCGACCCGCUCGUACGUCCGCGAGCGGAGAUUGUCGCCGUGCCGACCCCAGAGUUUGCCAAUGCUACGUUAAAAAUGAGAACGAAAACAAAAUAACCUACAACAAAAAAAAAAAACGAACACUUGUCACCAACUGCCAAUUGCCAAUUUCCGAUCGAUCGUCGUCGUCGUCGUCGUUGUCACGCGACAAACGCGACGAGGACCUCCGAUCGCCUGAACCACCGUUGGUUGCAGCGUGUACGGGAAGAGGAGGUGGUACCCUAUUUAUCGGCCACCAUCUUCCAAGAACAGGGGGCUCGCAGUUCGCUCUGUCGCUCCACGAACCGCAACAGAAUGAUACAAGCAACCUCCUCCUGUGUAUUCUUCUUGUUUCCCCGUCGGUCGUGUGUUUCUUGGGAAUAUCCACGACGGGUGGGUGAGUGGACUAAAGAAAUGAAAAAAAUUAAGGGGGCAACGAGUUUCGUCGAGAAACGUCAAUCCCAUGACGGAUGGCGGACGGUUGGAGAAAGCCGAUUAAAUUUCGCGUAGCAAGAUUGGAGGAGGCGUCGACUGCUCGCCGUCGGUGAACAAGAGCCGAGAGAGAAUUUUGGACGCAUGGAUCGUUGACCGAUUGUCGAACGAUUUUCCUUGUCGCUCGUAUUUGGCAUUUGGCAAACUCCGGUAGGGUCAUUUUUAGCCGUAAAUUAAAAAAGAGGUUUCGAUUAGUAGAUAGCGAAUAAUUGCUUUGGCGUACGGAACGAGGCGUCCCUUUAGACUGUUGCGCUUGUCUCUGCCUCUCUCACACUCUCUAUCCCUUUAUCUCUAACCGUACGAGGGUGCAGGACACGUUCGGACCCUCGUUCCCGUCACGCCAGACGAAAUCUUUUUGGUUCGGUACGUUAGAAGAGAUUACGCGCUCGCUCGAUGUCCGGCGAGCACGCAUGUCCCUCUCGAUAUGUGCUGGUUCCCGAACCGACUCUUAGGUCAUUGGAUUGGGUCUUCCUCAGAGAUGGGCAGAAUCUUAUUCGGCGAACGGAAACGCUGCGCAACGAUUUAUUCGAUACUUUGAUUUCGAUUGGCAAUUUUUCGUCGAACAAAUGACUGAUCGAAGGUUGUUUAGCUUCUUAACCGAAAUUUCUAUCUGCUAGAGCAUUUUGCCCAUCUCUGGUUCUUCCUUCGUCCGACGGAAGAGCGCCAUCGCCUUCGAUGCGCGCGCAUUGCCCUCGCGACCGCGAGCAUUGCAGGGAGUAAGAGAAAUUAGUCUCAGGUAAUCCUCCGCCGCGGUGGAAUUCAAACUCCUUAGGAGACGCUCCAUCUAGAAAACGAAACGGUUUGUUUUAUACGUUUUAAUUACUUCGCCUACCAAGUUUUAUUUAUAUUCAUUUUUAAUUUACACGUUUAAAGACACGUACACUAGUAAGUGAGUAACAUUUGCUAGAAUAUUUAUCGCGAAUAAUGUGAUACGUCCCGUUUUUCAGGUUGAUUUUUACAUUAUUUUUAACCAGAUGAACUUUUAUGCAGUUAUUUAUUUUUAAUGAACUUUCGAAGCUAUUUUUUUAAUUAUCGUUGACAAUACGGCGGGUUGAUUCUUGUUCGUUAACAAAAUCUUUUUUCCGAAAGAUGAUAUACAAUCAUGCAAUAAAGAGUCGAGAGGAGUAUCUGAUAUUUCUCUUAGCAAUACUCGCGCGACAAUCGCGCCUCGGACGACAGGAAGGGGACCGAACACGUUCGAAAAAUUCGGUUUGACCGAUGUUCUUCCUGGAAGGACGCAGGCGGGCAAGUUGAACGAAUAUUGCGUCGAACAGGGCUAAUUGUGAUAUUUUCUCUAAAUUUUAUCGGAUAUUAAUCGUCAUCAGCCGACGAGGCUGAUGACGAAUAUUAAAAAAAUAAAUAAAUAAAUGAAUUAAGCGGGUGAUAUAUAAGGAAACGUGCGAAAUUCGGGAUUGGGAGAAUUAACGCACGGAUGAAAACAGAGGAAACAAAAUUUUAUACACCAAUUAUUAUACUGCCAGAUAAAUAAUUCAAUACGAAGCGAUGGAAGAGAUCACGCGCGAAAACGUUAUGAAAAAGUAAGAAGAAAAAAGAAAUGAAAAAAAGAUGAAAAACACGAAAACGAUUAUCGUUCAAAGUUGCGUGCGCACGCAGCCGUUUUCACGUCGCCUGUUGGGGCUCGCUGGCAAGACUGUUCCAAAAUGAAAUUGCAUUGAUUUUUAUACAAAAAGUGUUCGUUCUAAUAGCCACGAAAAUUUCAUCGAAAGUUGCUUUGGAAAAUUUCUUGGUCUCCGAACAAAAGUAGUCUUGGAGAGUGUAAAAUAUUUUUGAACAGAGAAUUAACGGUUGAAAAGAAAAUUAUAUUUCUGUUAAUCUUAUAGUGUACCAUCGUUAAAUGUAAAAAUCGGUGCGAUUCCAUCGCCGAUCGAAUAGUUUCGCCAGUCAGGGCUCGCCAGCCUCUCUCGACGACCUAAGACCGUGUUCGCCAACAAAGGAGCUGCGUGCACGAGACGACAAGAGGCCUCGCAGUUGAAUCGAUCGAUCGUACCGAACGGGGCGGGAUCCAGGCCAGAGGAUCUCUCCCUGAGGUAUUGUGCGUACGCGUAUUAUACAAACAAAUCCGUUUGUAGAGCCCGUGGCUGGGCGCUUCUGUAGCCGAACGUUCAUUGAACGUGCACCUUUCUCGUUUUCGAUCCUGUAACUCGUACAGGGGGUCGCAGACGUGACGAUUUAUCCUACAACUGCAUUUUAAUUAGAAUAUAUUAAUCGAUCUAGAGUAUCAGACCUAUUGUAUACAGGUUCUAUCUAAAAACUGUUGACACUAAAACUACCACAUCGAACUCGUUCGAAUCACUCAACUAUCAACUAUGGUCUUACUCCAAUUUUUAGAGACAAUUAAUUUUGUUAAUUAUUUCGCUUCUCCUUCCUUUAAUUACAAGGAUGCGCGUGGACCUCGGUAGUUCUAAUGUUAAACAAUGAGACCUAUACUUAAUUCAUCGAAAUCGUUAAAUGUUAAACUCGAGAGACAAUAAAUAAUAAACAGUCGACACGUCCGAACUCGUCCAAGUGUAAAUAUAUAUUCUAAACGUGUAGUUGACUCUUAUUCUUUCGAAAUUCUGUUCGAAUUUGUAUAGAACUCUUGCGUAUAGAUAAAUCCUCGCCUCUAUGACUCCCGAUGCGGCUACUAGAAUUAUUUAUAAAAUGGGCUGCAGACAAAAAAAAAUGGAGGGCGGGAAGCAUUUGAUCUCGAUGGACUUUUGCGACGAGGACGAAAGAUGCGCGAUAAUCGAUCGCCCGGUUGUCUCGUCGUCAAAUUUAAACGAUUCUUUAUUAUUAUUGUUACUAUUAAUAUUAUUCUUAUUAAUACUAUUUGCUUCUUCGUAACGGAUAAGCGGAAAAUUCGAGAAGGGUAUUUCAAAGACUAUAGGUUACGUAGAAAUCGUUUUUCGUAUCCUCGAGAGGAGAACUCCUUCCAUCAUGUUGAUCGAUGCUCAUCUUCUAGUACAAUUUUACCGAUAGCGCAGUCUAUACGUUUUCUCGCAUAAUUUUAACCGUUAAUCUCGCGUACGCGUGUCGAUAUUUAAUCGUAAUUAAGGAAUCGUAACCGUGCAACGAUAACGUCACUGAGAGUAAGAGAUUCGUUUGAACAAACGCGGGGUGGGGGGGCAGGGGGUAACAGGGUAACGUCAAUUACGAAAUUCAGACCGUCUUCGAUUACAUCUAACGGAAAGGCUUGAACGUACAAAAAUGAAGGUCGAAACGUGCAAUCUCAAAAUCAAGCGUACAGUUCAUUAACAUACGCAUGUUAUAUCGAGGCUGUAAAUUUUGAUUGUCGAUUAUUACCGCGACGGUGUUACAGAUUUUUCUUUUUCUUUUCUUUGCAACAUUCAGUUUUACUCAUACCAAAGAAGUCGUGUCUUCGAUCGUGUUUUAUCCACCGGGCUCCUUUCCAGGGAUGGGCAAAAGUUUAUUUUUCACAGCGGACGAACGAAUACUUAAAAAUAUUCCAUUCUCCAGUUAAGGAUUCCGAAACAUAAAACAAUUACUUAUACUCUCGUUUUACUAAUUUUGCCCAUUUCUGUGAAAAAUCCAUCGAUCCGAGGAGGGGGCCUCGAUCGUAACUCGCACGGAUUUUCAUUCAUGUUUGUCUCGCGUACUUGGACGAUCUUUUAUUUUUCCUCUGUUUGGGUGCAAAAUUCCAACGAAUCGGGAGAGAAAGGGUUUCGCGUACGCUUGAAAGUAUUUAUACCGAGAUGUCAUUGUCCUCGAUCGAACGCAAGAACCCAGCCAAGUCCUGGAAUCGAGCACCAUCGUAAAUUGUUGCAAUAACGAACGGGGAGCCCGCUGACCGCUCGAGAGCGGGACGAUUCGUCGCGAACCAUCGCGAAACAUUUUUCUUGUUCGAUGUAAAAAAAAGAGAGAGAAAAAUUUUAAUCGAAAGGUCGAACGCGCGUGUAUAGAAUAGAAAGUAAUUGCCGUCCAAAUAGGUUCCUUCUGUAGGAUCAAAAUUGUCAUCAGAAAUGGUUUCUAGAGCGUACAGUUUGAAUCGGCGGCGUGAGCAAUUUCCGGAACAAUCGCCGUGGAGCGCCGAAUAAUACCGCCAACGAAAAAGUUAUGCCAGAUUCGUACAUUUUUUGAUGAUUUUUCGUGACACUGUUCCACGUUUAAAUCGGUGGAUUCAAAAUAUUUUUAUUUCUCUGUAUGUAAAAUGUUAUCGAUUUCGGGGCGCUACGCUACGAAGCUACAUUUCGACUUUAGUUUCAUCUUGCAAAAACAAUGAUUACAAUUACCAAAGUAUUUCUCAUCGAUGCUUAAACAAGUUUACGAAUAUCCUCCUUGCUUACGACAAGGUAAGCAGUAUUAAUCGGCGCCCGUCAAACGGAAUCUUUAUUUUUCUUGUAUCCAUACGGGAAAGAAACUUUGAAACGAACAGCAUCCGAACGGUUCACUGUUACGCUUGUGUACGAGCCUGAAUAACCGAGAAUUUUGAAUAGCCAAGAGAAUUUUGGCGGGGGAUUCAAGUACAGGCACUGCGUGGACACCACAGUACAAGGUUAACGAUUGUGCCAUUCGAAAUGCCAAAUAUUCUCUGGUACUCUUAUCGUGAAGUGACACUUGGAAAAAUCGAAACGCGAAUGAGAACGGGCAAAAAAUGCGGAACAUCGAAUCGGAGAUGGGCGAAAAUUUUGUCUCUAAAUAGUAAGAACUUAUUCGGAUGAGCUUGUAUUAUUUUAAGUGAAACGUAAUUCAAUGUUACAAUCCCAUCAUAAUUUUCAUUGUAUCUAAACAAUGUCAUUUCGAGAUUCAUAAUUAGACAAUUGUAAUUGACAAAAGAAUAAUAUACAAGCGCAAAGUUUUGCCCAUCGCUGCGGUGGACCACGCGAGAGAACGGAAAGAGAACGAGAACUUAAAGAUUCGUAACGGAAGCUUUACAGACUUAAAGAUACCUCAGGUUUAUUUCAUAACGAGAAACAAAAUGGCGGGCCAUUCCCGAUCGAGGCAAAAAAGAAAACAGUUCUUAUUGACUUCCGAUCGCGAUGGCCGACCUAUAGGCACUGAAAUUAUAUUUCAUAACGUAUCUUCUCGCGAAGUGAACGUCAAUAUUACUUAGUCGAAUUCGUUGCAUCGAGUCGAGGACUCGCGUUAUAUUGUAUAAAAUAUAUAUCGCAUUUAAAUAGGUCGCCUGAAAACGUUCAAAACGCCGGUGACAAAUCUAGGCCCAAAUAAUCAAUCUCACGCCGACUAUCCUCCGAACGAGACAGUAGCCAAUUAAAUCGUUCGCGCAUUCGACAGCGUUGCCAGGACAAAUGAUCGCGUCGUACGUUCGAUCGACGACCCCGUCGAUCAGCGUCGUGAUCUCUUCGCGCGACGAUCUCUCGCUCGGGAUGCCACGUUUUGCGAAAGAAUCGGGUAUAGAGAUCUCGAAUCGAAGUAACUGGAAAUUUAUCGGAUAGUUGAUUUUGACUCGUAGAUUUAAGUCUUAAAAGUAAAAGAAUUGUUUGUAUAAAAUUGAAUAUUUAAAUGAGAUUUAUUGAACGAAGAUUCUAGAGAAUUGAUUCGAAAUCGAACAUUCUUGUACCGCGCAUGGUACGAUGUUGGGCAGUGACUGCUUUGCAAUUGCUAGAUCGAUCGAUGAUUUUAUAUUUAUUUUAUAUUUAACAAAUUUGUCCCUGAAAAAGUUAAAGGACGAGAUUCUGCAAACAAAUCUGUCUGUAAUCUUCGAAUCGGAGACCAAUAAUCUUUUUAAUCGUGUCUGACUAUUUUUUAAUCAAUCGUUACUUUGCCCAACACAGCGACCAGUAGAGCGAUCCCGUGAGCGCAAAUCGUGCGCGAGAGAUUGCGCAUGCUCGCGCGAGGAAUCACCGCGGUCGGCAAUUCUGUCAUCGAGUGCAGAGCAUAGUCCCGCGCGUAUUAAACCGAACAUUCGAUCGAUUCGACAAGCGAGCCAAUUAGGGGCGAUCAAAAUCCUAUAUAUGUACAUACAUAAUGUAUAUAUCGAAACGACAGAGACAGCGAUCGCCCACUGGAUAUCAAUCUAGGGCUCUGUUCAGCACGAUCGCCGAGAUUUGGAAGGUAAAAUAACGCCGCGGAAAGUAAUGGCCGGGAUUAUCAUACCAAAACGAUCUCAUAUCGAUUUAAUGAAAUGCAAUUUUUGAUCGUGCGGUCGACCUGGGUCGCGCCGUUGCAAAGCUUAAAAUAGUCGUAGCAGCGACACAUCUUCGAGCGACGAAGUUUAUUGCAUGUACCUGUUAAACGUCGCUAAUAGCGAUGGGACCGGACCAAUGACACGCUCGAUACCGAUACAGACAGAUACGUAAAGUAUCGAGUAUGCGACAGGUAUAGGAGUAGAGCCAUUGGUGUUAGUGAAAUACGCAACUGGUCCACUGAGAAGGUGAAACCGGCUAAGCAGAGCCACGUGGUCGCGACAGGGACGAAACAACCGUGGGCUGUGCCCCGAAUAGAUACAGACAGGAUAGGAUUUAUACAAAUUUCUAUUUACGCAUAUAUAAAUAGCAAUCAUUUUACUGUGUCGACGAGUGAAUACAAAAAAAGCAUCAAAUAGAAUGAUCGCCAUAUAGGUUCGAGGGUAACUGUACGCGCACGGGCCACUUGUUUACAUCGUCUCAGUGAACGGUUAAGAGUUUAAAUAAUUGAAACAAAACCGUUAUAUUCGAAUAGCGCUAUCGGGCGAAAGUGUACAAAGGUAUCGAACUCGAUGUAACUACGUAAUAGGCAUCGAUGCAAGUCGCGUGUUUCAAUAGGUAUCGUUCGUAAUCAUUCCACUCGGUGGAUUGAUCCGAUUAAAUCAAUUUCUAACCACGAUAGUAUAUCUAAACACGUCUCGGUCCCAUCGCUAGUCGCAAGCGACGCAAAUAGACUGCGACAGGCGGCAAGCGAUGAAAUUGAUCUCGGAUCAAUUUAAAGUAUCCUUGCCCGGGUCGCCUAAGUUUGCCCUCGGUCGAUCGCACAAAGCAAAGACAUAUUAUUAAUAGUAUAUUAUAUAUAUAUAUAUAUUAUAUUAUAUAUAUAUAUAUAUAUAUUAUUAUUAUUAUUAUUAUUAUAUUAUAUUAUAUUAUAUUAUAUAAUUAUUAUAUUAUAUUAUUACCAUUAUUAAUUAUUAAUUUUUAUUAAUUAUUAUUAUUACCAUCGUCAUCGUCAUUAUCAUCAUUUUUAAAAAGCUAUUAUAUACCCAGCGUCGCUAACAGCAAACGUUUAAGCGAUCGUUGAACGCGAACGAUCCUUAUUGUCGAAUUGCGUUUAGAGGACGUUUAGUAUUACGCAAUACUCCGAUACGGACGAAGGCUGGCGCGACGUUUGAGACGAGCGACUCUUAUCGAACAUUUCUGUCCAGUGCCGGAUUAAGCACAUUUCGAACCCUGGGGCUGACUGGGGGCGCCUCGACAGGGACGAGCAAAACUUUAUUCGUGCAACAAGUCACGAAUGAAACCAACCAUCUCUGUCCAACUCUGCCUUCUAACCCCCCAAUCCGAUACAACAAAUUGCGGUAGAAUUAUUUUUACGAAACUAAUGGUUAAAAUUCAAAAAUAUCACUCUACGUGAUUUAUUCAAAAAAUAAAUGGGUAAAUAGAGAUCGAUCUGGGAGAUUCCCGAACGUUUACGGCAGCCCCCUAACGCCUCACGUUUCAAUCCGGCCCUGUUUCUGUCCGUAGAUCGCUGCAGACGCUUCUAUUUAUCGACAACUGACGCAUCGUAGGAUGUAAACGCUGCGAUUAUGUCACAUUACUCGACACUCAAUUAUUCAUAACGUACAUACGCGACUGAAGGAAGGAAUAUUACGAUGUAUGAAGUUGAUCGCAAUUCGAGUGUAAAUUUAAUCGACGGACUCCUCAUGGUAAUAAACCUGUCUGACAAAAGCGUAUCGAACUUGUUGAUUCUCAUCUUAUCCGUACAUGUUAUAUUGUUUACGUCGUUUCGAAUUUGCGAGGCAAAAACAAUCUUAUCGAGGUUUCUUAAAACAAAUAAAUCUUAUACGUAUAUUUAUUUAUUUUAGGAGUGCGUAGGGUCAUCGAUUGUAGAAAUUGAUGAACAUCUGUUGCGAAGGUCAAUCAGGCGGUAGAUUUCUUUUAUUUAACAUUUAUCGCGUAAACUUCGUUGUUUAACUGUUUCAGAAAAAUUUAUUAGCUCUUCGGAGUGUUAUAAAUUCCAUUUUUAGGAAGUAAAUUAAAGGAUUUAGUAAUAAACGAGGAUAUAAUAUUAGAGAUAAUCGUAAAGUGAACGCAAUCGCCGUGCUAUUAGGUUUUAUCGUUAAAGUAACUUCUUUUGUUUUUAAUGAAUCAUAUUUCUUUAUUAGGUACAUAGUUUUAUUUCUGUAAUCGACAAGGCAAUAGAAGGAAACGUGUAUUGUAGUUGUAUAUUAUUACAUUUAAUAUUCUAUUGUGAUAGUAAUGUAGACGAUUUAACGAUUAGAAUUAAUAUCGACGUACUUUUAUUUCGACUGACAAAAGUCUUUCAAUCGUGUACUGCAUAAUAUUUAUUUCGUUGCUCAAAAAGUAUAUAUAAUUUAUCGAGAAAUAUAUAGAAAAAGUAAAAAAAGAGAGAGAGAGAGAGAGAGAGAGAGAAAAAGGGAAAAGUAAAAAAAAAAUUGCUAAGACACGUUUAUUAUCGUAGGUGCUUUAAUACUCGUGCCAUAAUGAGACAUAAUCGCAGCAUCCGAUAUUCAUCCGUGUGAAUAAAAAAUUUGUUCAAUCUACAUCAUUGAAACGUUUUUUAAAUUUAAUGGCGUCUCUAACCCUGACCGAUCGAACUUUUAAAACGAUUCUACCCGAUUACUACUUUAUGUCAUGCACACGAUCGAUAUCUACGUUAUUAGAUUACUGUUAACAAGUGCGGUAGAAAUAUAUUAAAAAUCUUUGAAAGCAAAAACCAACGUUCUUCUCAACGAUUCAAUUAUUUUCAACGUCUUAUCGUACUUUCUCCACUUGUACAACAAAAAAAAGAAAAAAAGAAAACAAAAAACAAACCUUUUGCUCAAAAUAAAAGGCACACGAAUCGGGACAAAAUUUGAAACUAUUAGUUAUACUGGAACACAAAUCAUUUUGUAUCGAUUGUUUUAACGAACAUGCGAAAAGAAAGACAGUUUUCGAGAAUUUUCUACGGGCACAAACUACGAAUCGAAACGCGACAAUUUCGUCAGAGUACAGUGCCCCUAAUCGAUAUCAACGUUUCAUUAAAGUUUCAUAGGUUUGUGCUUGCUGAAAACACUCUUGUUAAUUACUAAACAACAAGUGUAUUUUAAUAUUCCGUCAAAGCGUGGAAUACGUAUUUAGUAAUUAACAGAAAUCUUCGUUGAUAAUUCUUCCUUCUGGACGUGAAACAUCGGACUUGUAUAUUUCAUCGGUGUAAUAAUUAAUCGUAGCAAUAUCGUUACUAUAUUAAAGAAACAGAAAUUAGAAAAUGUUGCAACGAAAUUCCGGAUAUUAUUAACCACUACCACGUAGGGUGGAAACAGAAAGCAUCGGUAUACUUUGAUAUCUUCUCCCGGGACACGUUUACGUCGUUGGUGUCGCUUACGACACGUGCAGGGUGAUCCAGUAAAAAGAGUAAAUACCUCUAAUUGUUCACUUUCCAAAAAUCAUUUUUCGUUGAGAAAACGAGUAACUAUUUGAAAUGAUCAGACUGUGGAUUUUACGCACUUGUGGCGUACGCGAAUAUAAAAUAUGUACACUGUAUAAAAGAAAGUGCAUGCCCCUAUGCAAAGUAAAAUAUUAAUAUUAGUGUAUUAGCGUUUUUCGAUAUUAAAAUAAGAACGAGAAUCGGAAGACAUUUCAAAUUCAUAACUAUAGGAAUAAACUUUACUAAACACAACUACUACAGACACUUGUAUCUUAAGAGCGAGAGCAGGGCAACACACACUUUUUAAGCUUUUCAUAUUUUAUAUAAAACGAAAACGUGUAAACAAAUUCAUUAUAAAAUUAGCAUGGAAGUGUCGUAGAUUUAAAAACGACGCGAGAUCGCGUCAGCGUCUGCGAAUGUGUUAAAUUCGUGCGUUCGUUUUUCGCAUGUUCUCCGCAUUAGCAUUCGUCGCAAAUAUUCGUUACGAAAUCCGAAUUCGAAAAAAAACGAAUAAUUAGACGUUUCCUUUUCGAUGGACCACCCAAUGCACAUAGAUAUUCGAGCAUACACGAUCGUGGGCGGCAAUUUUGAAACGUUUCAGUUGAGAACCCCUUGUCGGAGUUCUCCGUGCGCCGAAGAUCAGAAAUUUCGUUCCAAGGAACAUUUCGAUCGUGCGACGUCGUUGCCACAGUACCGCCUCGCUUAUCGAACAAGCCUGCGUUAGAGAUACUUGAAAUUCACCCAUCAUUCACGUUUCUUCGUAAGCGAGCAGCAUAGACGAGUCGAGCUUCGAGUCGAAAUUUACGAUUGUAAGUAACGUCUGAAACGUGCUAUUUUUUUUAAAAACAUCUGCUAGUUAUACUAACGCUUUAGGCAACUAGUUAAGCUAGGUAAUUAAGUGUCGGUGAUUAGAGCGCGUUGCUCUAUUCGAGCGGCCCUUUUUGAGCUUCGCUGGUUCCAGGAACCGAUUCUCUACCGUGCCUCCAUUUGUGAAAUCCGAUGGCACCGAUCCGCUUUCAAGAAACGAGGCAGUACUGUGAUUCGAGUACUCGACUACUCGAAUACCGUUGAAACAAAAGUUUUCGGGAAAAGAGGGCAGUACUUUAAUUAAAUAGACCGCGACGAGGUUUUUUUUAUUUGUCCUUAGUAGAUAACGAAUAUUAGGGUACAUAACAUCGACGCGCGCGCCACGCAUACGAAGACUCCUUUUACGCAAAGACUGUUUUACACUCGCACUGUGUGGCGAUAUGCUGUUUUUGUCAGCGUUGCACAGGCGGAGUUUUAGAUAAUAAAGCAUAUCAGGAUCGAAUUAUCGAGCGAAAUUUUCUCGCGUCGAUGUACACGAACGCGUCCUUUCGUCAGCGAUGGGCAAAACCUCUGACGUAGAUAAAAAAUAACGGAUAAAAUGUUGCCCAUCCGUUGCUUUUACGAUCCUGCUUGGUCGAGGUACCGAAAGCAUCCCAUCCGAUACUGAGUGCUCGUUAACGUAGAGAUGGGCAAAAUUUGAUUGGAACAACCUAACGGAUAAACGAAUGGAAACGUGUUUAUUCGUUCAAUGCGGAACGUAAUUCAUUGUACGUUUUCCAAGUAUUUUGCUCAUCUCUACUCGUAACAAAUUCGAUCCGAUUGUAGCAGUGGCGUAGCUAGCGAUUCCGGGGCUCGUAUGCUGAGAUAUAUGAUGGAACCCUGUCAGAGGGUAGCCAAUCCUUCCCUCUAGGUCUUGUAUCGUAUUAGCCGAAAAUAAAAUUAUUAUUUAUCAA